GCAAUCUCGCAUUCCUCCGAUCUCUCGAGCCUUUCCUACUCCCGAUAAGUCACUCGAAGCGCAGCCGCUGCCAUGGACGCCACCGGUACCGGAGCGGGCGGCAAGGUGAAGAAGGGAGCGGCCGGGCGCAAGGCCGGCGGCCCGAGGAAGAAGUCGGUGUCGAGGUCCGUGAAGGCCGGGCUCCAGUUCCCCGUCGGCCGCAUCGGGCGCUACCUCAAGAAGGGUCGCUACGCGCAGCGCGUCGGCACAGGCGCUCCCGUCUAUCUCGCCGCCGUCCUCGAGUACCUGGCCGCUGAGGUUCUUGAGCUCGCCGGGAACGCUGCCAGGGACAACAAGAAGACCCGCAUCAUCCCCCGCCACGUGCUCCUGGCGAUCCGCAACGACGAGGAGCUCGGGAGGCUGCUCGCCGGAGUCACCAUCGCCCACGGCGGCGUCCUCCCCAACAUCAACCCGGUCCUGCUGCCCAAGAAGACGGCAGAGAAGGCGUCCAGCGGCGGGAGCAAGGAGGCCAAGUCGCCGAAGAAGGCUGCCAAGUCCCCCAAGAAGGCUUAGAGGGUGGACUCAGAUCCGAUGUCUGGCGCCGUUUCCUGUUACCUGAGGUGUUUAGGUUGUAGAUGCGGGGAAAGUGGUGCUUGGAGAUGAACCAGUCUUGUAACUUAUGAUCUGUGUUUUUCAAUGGAAGAAAUGCCUAGUUUAAGUUAA